GCUGAGCUGGUUGAGACGGUUGAGAGUCUGGUUUUGAAGCUGAAGUUAAUCAUCAUCGCCAAAAAAAAAAGAAAUCAAGGAACCAAAAAAAAAACAAACCUUGAGGGCGCGGACUGUAGUAUCGUUGAGGAUCAUGCUGCGCAGGGCCUUGAGCGUAUGCUUGUGGUCCUCCCACUGGAGGAUAGGGGUAUGCCUGCUGUCCCGGCCUCCCAUACUGUGGUUGGACUGAGUGUGACAUUGAUGCCUCAAGUAAGGCCUCAUAAUCUCUCCGUGCUUUGA